CAAGACAAUGAAGAUAUCAGUUCUCGGCGGGGGGAUUGCAGGACUGGUAGCAGCCUACAAUCUCUCCCUGAACCCCGCUGCUCAUGUCUCUCUUUACGAGGCCUCUCGAUUUGGGGGCUGGAUCCAGACUAGACGAACUGAAAACGGAGCUAAGUUUGAGCUGGGACCACAUUCACUGAGGUGUGUGGGAAAUAACGGUAUCAGGCUGCUAGAACUAGUGGACGAGAUUGCUCUGAACUCUCAGGUUUUGAGUGUGACGAAGGAUCAUCCUGCUGCAAAGGUCAGAUAUAUAGGGUUAGAGGGUAAGUUAGUGGCGUUACCAUCCAGUCUGACAACUGCAAUCAAACACGACAAAAUGAGCGCGUUUGUUAAAGCCGCUGUGAAGGACCUUGUCUCUAAAGGACGGUAUUCUGCUAAUGAUGAGUCAGUACACAUGUUCUUCACGAGGCGGUUUGGACGGGAAAUAGCAGAUUUGAUCUCAGACCCGAUGUGUAGAGGUAUUUCUGCUAGCGAUUCCAGGACGUUGGGUGUGUCAGCUAUGUUUCCUCAGCUUGUUAAGGGUGAAUAUGAACGGAGGAGCAUUAUCAAAUCCAUGUACCAUAACAAGGUAAACGUGCCUGAGUUUGUUGGGAAUAAAAAUGAGUUUGCAAUGAAAGCUAAAUUAGAUGGGUGGCGAAUGUUAAAUUUCAAACAUGGGAUGGAACAGCUACCUCGAGCCAUCCUCAAUAUUUUAAGAGACAGUUCAAAUGUUGAUAUAUAUGAAAACUCUCCUGUUGAACACAUUUCAGUCAGAAACCCUGAAGUGACAGUUACAGUAAAGGAUGGAAAAGCUCGACACUUCGACCAUGUAGUUUCGGCUAUUCCAUCUUUUGCACUCGCUAAUGCACUGCCGGACGAGGAAAUCGGCAAACGCUUAUCAGAAAUCAAUUUUGUAGACGUUGCUCAUGUUUCGUUAGAAUUCAAGGAUAUUUCAUUCGAUCUUAAAGCGUUUGGUUGUUUGAUACCUUCCUACGAAAACCCAGCAGUUUUGGGGAUCAUAUUCGAUUCAGUAAUCUUCCCUGAGAACGACACAACAGAAUACAAAUCAAAUCGUUUAUCUUUAAUGAUUGGUGGUGAAUGGUUUGAGAAAUAUUUUGGCGACCCUAAAACAUGUGAUCGGGACCUCAUCAGAACUAUGGCUCUGGACACAAUUAAAAAAUACUUAGGAAUAACCGCAGAACCAAGUCAAUGUCACGUGGAUAUUCUAGAGAAAUGUAUACCACAUUACACGGUGGGACACAGAAACAGAGUGAAGCACUUGUUCAGACUGAUCAAGGAGGAUAACCUGCGGUUGUCACUGAUAGGGAACUCCUACAGCGGAGCAGGUAUACCAGACUGUAUAGCAAAUGCUAUCGAUCAUACUGAGCCUCUCCACGAGAUUAUGAAUGAGAGAUAUUAUGGUUACAAUCCUGCACUUGAGGAGGAGAUUAUUACACCAGAAACUGAUUUCAUGGCGAACUACAAGGAAUGGAAGGAGUAUCGCCGUGAAAGGGGCAUGUAGCUAGGAGAUUUAGUUUCGUUUCCCGUUUUUUGUAAGCUGAUUAAAUUUGCUUGUUAUUUAUCUUGGUAUGUACUGUAUCUUGUUACGUAUCUUCUUAGGGAGUAGAAUUGUUAAAAUUGAAAUGGGUGACCCCUCAAUUUCGCUUUAAACUGAACAUUUUGUGAGAUGUUUAGUUUUUUUUUGUAUACUGAUCAGUAUUGAUCUUUUGUUGAUUCUUGAGAUUGUUGAUAAAUUUCGAUGAAUAUGAAAUAUUUAUGAUCUCGUCUAUUUAAGUAAAUGUUACGAUAAGUUAUUUAUUUUAGAUAAGAAUUUUGAUGGUUACUAUGGUUACUAUGGUUACUAGAGUUGUUGCUAAAUCUAAAUCACACUCUAUUUAUUUAUCAUAACACCAAGAAAUGACCCAUCUUGGUUUCGUGUAGACAUGAAGUUGAUAAUGUAUAUUGAAGUAAACCUCGAUGCAAUUGAUUUUUAUAGUUUGUAUUUUUAUUCGUCGGAAUUUUCAAAUGUGCAAGUGGGUCUCAAAUAACUAUAAAAGUUUGGUUACAAGGCAGA